AUCAAUAGUAAGCUGCUGCAUCCAACUCUUGCCGACACGGAAUAUCGGAUCUCGCACACCGGGUUGAUGGCUGCUUGAUAUCCCUUCCGCCCCCCCUCCCGCCUUCUUGUCCCCUUCUUCUUCCUUUUCUUCUUCUUCUCCCUGUUUGCUUCUCGUACCGAUUGAUACACGGCUUCACUCUUUCGCCUGACCCAUUCUUUUUUUUGGCUUCCUCGGCGACUCGACAAGAUUCAACGAUGAAGUUCACAUUGCUCGCCGCUGCUGCGGCCGUGGCACUGGUGCGUGCCCAGACUACCGAACCCGACCCUGUGACGGAAUUCUGCACCAUGGGAGGAUCGUCGAUCGCGAUUUCAAACAAUAUUGCAUAUAUUUUCGGAGGUUGGGCAACUUACGAUGGCUACAACUCGUCGUUCAUUGGAUCCAACGACUUCCUUCGAGUGAUCGACUUCACCAAAUCCUUCCGAACCGGAGCUGAUGUCGCCGACUACGUUGAGAUGAUCGAGAUGCCUGAUAUCGUGCCGCGGGGCACGUUCGUGUCGUUCUGGCCGACCGACAACAACACACUGGACAUGUUCCACGGCUUCCACGAACCGACCGGCAUUCAGGUGGCCGAAAACGACACGGCGGCACUGAAGGUAUGGCCGCUGAAUGCGAAGCACGCCUUCGAUAUUGCGACCGAAACAUGGUCGGCCAAGACCGUGGCCAGCGCCGACCUCUCGAUGAUGGACAUCCCGGCGGACAAUAAUGGUGCGGUGCAAAAGCUGGCGACGAGGACCCAGGUGUGGGUCCCCGGCGCGAAGAAGGGCUUCGAGCUCGGUGGUGAAUCGUACAUGGAUAGCAACCAUACGAAUUGGCUGAAUUCGAGAGAAUUCUCGAAUCACAAUGGCCUGCUGGUGUACGAUCAGGCGACGGACUCGUGGACCAACGAGACCAUGCCUCUCAAGUACAUGCGGAACGGAGUUCUGGCCCAGCUUCAGACCGCCGAUGAUAACAUCCUGAUUGCGUUUGGAGGAUUCACCAGCGAACGUGGGACAACAAAUAAAAUGCGGAGUAUGCGCGAAUUCAGCAUCUACAGCACCAACCAGGCGCGUUGGUACUCUUUCGUUGUCCCGGAAGGCAGUACGAUCCCCGAUACCCUCGCUUCCAGCUGCUGGACAGUUGUCAGCUCACAGGACAACACCUCCCAUCAAAUAAUCACCUUCGGGGGUGAGCGCACACUGGAUGCCAUAUCCAACAACGAGGUCUGGGCGCUCACCAUCCCAUCGUUCGACUGGGUCCAGCUCGAAGGCAACGCCACCGAUCCUACCCGCGACCCUGGAGCGCGAACGCAGCCCAUCUGCGCCACCGUCGGUAACAGAUACAUGCUCACCUACGGUGGACGUGGUUCCGGCUGCGAUAAGGACGGCAACGCCGUAUUCCUCCUCGACAUCAGCCAGGGCAAAUGGGUGGACGACUUCAAGACCAACCAGGAGUAUCUUGUCCCCGACGCGGUUGUCGCCGUCAUCGGUGGAACUGGCAAAGGUGGCGCAACCAAACUCGCGCCCUCCGGCGGCUUCAACGACGCCGGCCUCGAAAAGCUGCUGACAUUCAACACGACGACGACGGGCUCGGCCAACGGGACCACAUCGUCGACAUCCGACUCCGGCAGCAGCGGCAGCUCCAGCAGCAGCUCCAACACAGGUGCGAUCGCGGGUGGCGUAGUCGGCGGUCUCGCUGCAAUCGCCAUCGUCGCGGGCAUAUUCUUCAUGAUCCGCCGCCGCCGGCAAAAAAACGAAUUAGCAGCGCAGCAGCAGCUGCCGCCAGGUCAGCACUCGUCCCCAAUCGUCGAGUUGAAGGCGCCGCUCCAUGCUCAGGAUUAUCACCACCAGCAGCAUACGCAGCCAGUGGAGAUGUAUAUGAACACCCCUAUAGACCCUCCCGUGGAGUUGAGCGCUGGUGACGCCCACGCCAGGGGAUUCCACGAGGCGCCGGCUUAUAAGUAGAUUCAUUCAUGUACUCUAUGUAGAGGACGACUGUCGAGUGGAUGGGGGAGGGAGGGGGUUUGUAUAUUUUAGGAUUUAAUGUAAUUCGGUUCGCAAUGUCAAAACGAGUGAUUCAUGCCGGUCG